CCAAUCAGGGCAUCCAUGGGUAGCCUGGCUGUGGUAUUUAAGAUGACCACAGGAACUGUUUGUGCAUUAGAUUUUGGAUCUUUGGAGGAUCAUUUUGGUGCUGGUUCCUGGGGUAAUAUGCUGGCAUAAUCAGUUAUGACGCGGAGGGCUGGCCUCAUCGGAAGUGUUUCAUUCUGGAGAUGGGUGCUGGAUAAGGAUAGCGGUUAAGAAAUCCACACUUGACCAUCAGCGGUGCCAGUGGGGUUAGCUACAACCUUAGUCACCGGAUAGUUUUGAAAUCUGAAACCAAGGAGCAAAUAAAAGAACCUGUGAGACCAUGACUACCUUCACUCCAGAGGACUUUGGCUUCACCUUGCUGGAGGAUGGGACUUCUGUCCAGGAUGUCAUCGAUCAGAAGAUCGACACGUUGCGUGCGGAGGAGUCCAAAGAGGCUUUCUUUGUGGCGGACCUGGGGGAGGUGGUGAGGAGGUACCAGUUGUGGGUACGUGAGAUACCUCGAGUCACGCCCUUCUACGCCGUCAAGUGCAACGACAGCCUUCCCAUUGUCAAGACGCUUGCGGCCCUGCAGACGGGGUUCGACUGCGCCAGCAAGUGUGAGAUGCAUCUCAUAACGUCUCUCGGGGUGGACCCCAGCAGGAUCAUCUUUUCCCACACCAUCAAGCCGCCCACCUACCUGAAAUACGCCACUUCCCUUGGGAUCCAGAAGAUGACCUUCGACAACGAGGCAGAGCUUGUUAAGAUCGUCUGUCUUAACAGUCAUGUAUUGAGACAAAAAAAAAAAAAGAUUGUCAUUCUUAUCAAGUACAAAAAAUAUCGCUACUGUAAAGAAGAUUUAAGAACGUGUGGUUUCUUCCCAGACUGGGGUAUGCUCCAGGGCCUCCUCCCUCCUUCCCUCUUCAGCCACGUCCGGGCUGGGUGGGGGAAACACAAAGAGAUAGGGCUGGUCCUCCGCAUUUCUGUGGAUGACACGCAUUCCAUGUUCUCCAUGAGCGCCAAGUUCGGGGCGAAGCUGGAGACAUGCCCGGCACUCCUGAAACGUGCGCAGGAGCUGGGCCUGGACGUCAUCGGGGUCAGCUUCCACGUAGGCAGCUACUGUAUGGAUCCUGUGUCCUACACAAAGGCCAUCAAAAAUGCCAAAGACAUCUUUGACCUGGCGGCAACGAUUGGCUACAAAAUGACCUUCCUGGACCUUGGUGGAGGAUACCCUGGGUUUGACAUUCCCAAUGUUGUUCACUUUAAACAGAUGGCCGUUGAAAUAAAUCUCGCUCUGGACAAGUACUUCCCCGUCAGCUCUGAAGUCCAAAUAAUCAGCGAGCCGGGCCGCUACUUCCCAUCGACAGCCUACACGCUGGCUGUCAAUGUCGUCAGUAAGAGGGUGGACAUCAAGAAGUCCAGUGAUGGUAAGUUUGUGCCAAGUUUGUCACGGCUCCGUAAUUAA